CUGUUCUCUUUCUUAAGUCACUUCAAAUGCUAUCCGUGGACGGGCGGCUCAUUGUCAGGAGAGCUGCGGAGCGAGCGAGAGGAAGAGGACUCAGGCUCAGGUACAACGGCAACAAGAGCAGCAGCACUUCAGCCAGAAGCAUCAUUGAGAGAGAGAGAGAAAAAAAAAAAAAAAGUCACCCGGCUGAGAAAAGAUGGAGAAAGACCCCGUGAACUUCUCUCCAGGUGGAAAUCCUUCUCAAGGCGACAGGCUGAGGCAAACCCCUCAGCGGGGCUUCUACUUGGGCCCGGCCCCGCUGUACAUCAGGCCUCCCAGAUUCUCUUCGUCCAGUUACCCCGGUAUGUCGCCCACCAUAGACCCCUACGGCGCUUUCGCCCCGCCUGCGUUCUUCCCCGUGCCCGGCCUCGGGUACUUUCCCAAAGAGGGAUCCCCGAAACGGAGGAGGCUUCUCGUCAAAGCCGGCACCCGGGGAGGUGAGUCGCCGGAGAGAGAGCAAGAGGAGGCAGAAGAGAGCAGCAGUAAGAAGAAGUUGGACGUGUCCCGUGUCCCUUUCUCCCUCCCGCCUCGCUCCCUCUCCUCCCCGUCCUCCAGACCCAUCCCUGGGAUGAUUGAGCUCAGCAGGCUGCAGCUUUACAACAGAUCGGCAGGUCUGAGUCUACCUGUGCAGGUGAAGCAGGAGCCUCCCAGUCCUUCCUCACUCUGGCCUACCUCCCCUCUCCUCCUCCACCCUCCUUACUUCCCGCCUCUCGCACACGCUCCCUUCCCGUACCCCGUCUUCAUGCCCGGGCCCGUCAUGCACCUCCCGCCCAGUGCCUUCUACCCCCGAGAGGACCCCCGCUCCGGCAAGGCCCCCCGCGACGACGCCCCCAGGAGCGAGCCGAGCAACGCGGAGAAGGCCGGCCUCAGCGUCCACGUGGACGACAGCUACUACGUGGACGUCGGCGGCGAUCAGAAGAGGUGGAAGUGCCGGAUGUGCGAGAAGUCCUACACCUCCAAGUACAACCUGGUCACGCACAUCCUGGGCCACAACGGGAUCAAGCCGCACGGCUGUCACCUCUGCGGCAAGCUGUUCAAGCAGCUGAGCCACCUGCACACGCACCUCCUCACACACCAGGGCAUGAGGCCCCACAAGUGCAAGGUGUGCCACAAGGCUUUCACCCAGACCAGCCACCUGAAGAGACACAUGAUGCAGCACAGCGACGUGAAGCCAUACAGCUGCAGCGUGUGCGGAAGAGGCUUCGCUUAUCCCAGCGAGCUUCGCGCCCACGAGAUGAAGCACGAAAAAGGCCAGGAGAACGUGUGCGUGGAGUGCGGUCUGGACUUCCCCACCCUGGCCCAGCUAAAGCGACACCUGACAGUCCAUCGCGGCCCCACCUCGUACAAGUGCACAGAGUGCCAGAAGACUUUCCAGUAUCCGAGUCAGCUUCAGAACCAUAUGAUGAAACACAAGGACAUCAGGCCGUACAUCUGCAGCGAAUGUGGGAUGGAGUUCAUCCAGUCGCACCACCUGAAACAGCACACUCUCACUCACAAAGGGGUGAAGGAGCACAAGUGUCGCAUCUGUGGCCGCGAGUUCACGCUGCUGGCCAACAUGAAGCGGCACGUUCUCAUCCACACCAACAUACGGGCCUACCAGUGCCACAUGUGCUUCAAGAGCUUCGUUCAAAAGCAGACGCUCAAGGCUCACAUGAUCGUCCACUCGGACAUCAAGCCCUAUAAAUGCAAGCUUUGUGGGAAGGAAUUUAACCGAAUGCACAAUCUAAUGGGCCACAUGCAUCUUCACUCGGACAGCAAGCCCUUCAAAUGCCUCUACUGCCCGAGCAAGUUCACUUUGAAGGGGAAUCUCACCAGACACAUGAAGGUCAAACACGGAGUCAUGGACAGAGGGCUGGAUGAAAGAUUGUUUCGUCAAAGAGAACGCCUGUGUUUGACCACGCCGAUGGGCCUCAUCUCCCACUUCAGUCAAGAGGAGCCAUUUGACCUCUCCCAGAAAGCUCCAGGCUUACCCGGCCUCCGUCUCUCGCAGUCUGACGGCGAAAGCAUCCCAGGAAGCUCCUGUCAGGAGGAGGACGAGGAGAGUCUGUACAGAAGGAGCCAGUACAGUCCAGAGGUGGACCAACAGGAGCCGCCGGGCGUGGACCACUACAUUCCUGACCUGAAGGAGGGAGAGGAUGGUCGAGUUGAUGAACUCCGAACAGGAAAGACGACGAAACUAAAGAAGUAUAUGGAAAGUUCAGACGAUGAAUCUUUGGAAGUAGGGAAAAAAUCACAAGGGCAAUUUGGUAACACACGUCACCGCUUACAGUCAGAAUCGUUGUACGGCUCUGACGCAGAGGUAGAUGACCAGGCAUACAGCAUUGAAAGAGGCCACACAGAGUCAUGUGACUAUGACUCGAUUUCAGAAGAUGAGCGCGAGCAAAGCAAAGAGCCACUGGAUGGUGAUAAUCAGGCCAUGGAUGUAGCAGAGAAAAACUGAAAGAACUGAGAAAAAAAAAACUAUUUCAUGGAGCACACAAAUAAUUACCAGGAUAAAUAAUGAGUUAGAAAGUUAGAAAAAAUGUGUUAAUGACAGCGAUUAGAACAAAAACUGCACUGGUCUCUAUAAGUAAAUUAUAAAGAAAAUGGCCAAUUCUUUUCUCAUUGUCUGACUUUAAAGCAGACAAAACCUUUCCUGCUAUAGGUCAGUUAGGAUUUCCAACAUUAUUUCUGUUAAUCAUGCAGGAAAUAAUAAGAUUAUUUCAACAUCUUAUUACUUUCUUCAGAAUUAAGUUGACACACAAUAUUACAAUGCCUUUAAACAACCGGGUAAAGCCCAGAUGAAGAUGGCAUGGCUUACUUACGAUUUGGAGAUAUUGAGUCACAACAUUUGAACUAACUGGAUUCACACCUGAGGAUAUAUUUCAAGCCAACGUGUCAAACAUGCUGAUUCGUUGUGUGAUAUCAUAGGAAAAAAGUUAAAUUUAAAAUUAGCCAAGACAUCCUGAAGACAAGUGUGGACGGUUUCAAGAUGCAUGAAGGUUAUAGGCAAGCAUGAAAACUAUGGGACUGUCCAACCAUCUUACUGUUCAGAAUAGAUAUUUAACUGCACAACUAAUGAGGAAAACAGAUAUUUUAUUCUAACUCAAAAGGGAAAAACAUAUUGUGUUCAUAUACAGAUUAAAGUAUACACAAGGAGGCUUAAAGCUGUGAAACAUUACCAAGAGCAGUCAUUGGAGAUAUAUUCUGAUUUAGAAGCUGAAUUUAAUUUGUAAAUAUAAAUAAUGAAAAUUUUAUUUAAUGUACUAGUUUUUUACAAAUCAUUUUGUAAUUUUCUCUUAUACAAACCGUUGCUUUAACUGUGAAUGAAAUGAGUUUAUUGUGCAUGUUUUCAGAUAUGUUUUUUGUGAGAGACCAUGCUAAAAGUGAACUGUAAUCAGGUUGCAACAUCAGAAAUUUGACUAUUUUUGUGUAAUAAUCUGUGACUUUAGUUCCUUAAUGUCUAAAUUGUUAAUCUGUGUGAUUUUUCAUGUGAUUAUUUUGCUCAUUUGUUUUGCGUUUUCCAUCCUACGGCGGUAAUAAUUGUAGCAAUAAUAACAUGCAUCUGCUGAAUAAACACAAACAUGCAAUUUCUGUCAUAAA